GUCUCUUGCACAACAACGUCAUGCAUCACUCGAUGACGUCACUCACAAUGGCGAGAUCAUUGUUUCGUUCUUUCUUUUUAUUUUCGCUAUCGGCAGAAACGUUAGGAUUGUAAAACAACAACAACAAAACAAAAUAAUAAACAAAAUCAAGAAAAUGUAUGAUAGAAAAUCUCUUUCGUCGGAAAGGAAAGUUUUCUGUGAAGAGGCAUUAUCAUUCACAAGACUUUACAAAUGGAAGGAGAAGUAGUAAAAGACAAAACAAAAAGGAUUUAUCACAAUGAAACAACCAGAGCUUGUCAUGUCUUAAUGGAACUGCGAAAUGCUGGCGAACUAUGUGAUGCUGAAAUUUUAGUAGGAAACACAUCGUUCCCAAUUCAUCGUGUGAUUUUAUCAUCGAGCAGUACCUAUUUCAGAGUACUUUUUACCAACGAGAGAUUCCAAAGUAAUCGUCAGAAAGUGAUUAUUCCCAAUGUAAGCGUCAAUACAAUGAAUUCCAUUCUAGAGUUCGCAUACACACAAGAGUGUAGCAUUAACUGCAACAAUGUCGAAGAUCUUCUAGUAGCUGCUGAUUAUUUCAAUAUGAUUCGCCUCCUGCAAUGUUGUUGUGAAUUUCUGGCAACUGGAUUAACCGCAGAAAAUUGUAUUGGAAUUAGACGACUAGCCCAGAUAUAUUCAUGUCGGGAAUUACAACUUGCAGCACAUAGUUAUAUACUGCAAAACUUCUCAAUUGUAUACAGACGGUCGGAUGAGUUCCAGCGACUGAAUAUCGAUGAUAUCUGCGAAAUCAUUUCUUCGGAUAACCUUAAUGUAAAAUCGGAAGAAAUAGUUUUUGAUGGGAUUGUUGAUUGGAUCAGUUACGAUCCAAACAAUAGAAAACAUUAUUUCAACCGGCUUUUGCAGAAAGUACGAUUUGAACUGACAUCUGCGUGUUUCAUUGAGCAAGUACAGAGAUAUUGUUGCGCAUGCGGUGAAGAUUUUACUAACAACUUAUUUCAUAUUCCUGUAACCUUUUCUCCCAUGGAAGCUGUUGAUAUAUCACAUGUUAGUUUACCAACUGCAAGAAUUCCUAACCAAAUUUUAUUUGUAAUCGGUGGUUGGAGCGGUGGAAGCCCUACUGGCAUCAUAGAAACAUACGAUAUAAGAGCAGAUCGCUGGAUUGAAUGCCCAUCUGUAAACUCAGAACUCGGCAAUCGCGCUUUCCAUGCAUGUUGUACACUCGGCUAUCUGAUAUAUGUAAUCGGUGGUUACGACGGUCGAUGCCAUCUGAAUAACGUCUGUUGUUUUGAUCCCGUUAAGAUGAUUUGGUUAGAAUCUGCUCCCAUGCACAAUAAACGAUGUCACGUGAGUGUUGCCAUCAUUGGCCUCCAGAUCUAUGCCUUGGGAGGUUUCAAUGGACAGACGGAACUUAAGAGUGCCGAACGUUAUAAUCACCCUAGCAACCAGUGGACAUUAAUCCAAGAUAUGAACUAUCAGCGCAGUGAUGCAGGUGCCACAGCACUAAAUGAUAUACUGUACAUCUGUGGUGGCUUCAGUGGUCAGCAGUACCUGAACUGUGCUGAAUUCUAUUCGCCUAAAACCAACCAAUGGACACUAAUAGCUCCCAUGAACAACAUCCGUUGCGGUCUCAGCAUCAUUGCAUAUUGUGACUUCAUUUACGCACUGGGUGGCUUCAGUGGUGUAACCAGAGUGACUUCUGCAGAACGCUAUGACCCUUCUGUCAACAAGUGGCAGUCUAUUGAGACAAUGUCGAUCCCCAGAAGUAAUUUUGCAGCUACUAUUUUAGACGACAAGGUAUUUGUUAUUGGAGGCGUGGCCGACGAGAACAGUAUAUACAACGUAGAAUUUUACGACAUUGUUACUGAAAAAUGGCAUAAUGUAAGUCACAUGAACAUUCACAGACGAGCCCUCAGCGCAUGCGUCCUCGAGGGUCUCCCCAACACCUACCAGUAUAUUGCGCAUCGACAUCAAAGCGAAAAUUCCGGAAAACAAUUUGCCAUAAACAAAGGACAGUAACAUAUCAAUCAAAUAACAACAACAACAACAGCAACAACAACAACAACUAACAACCUAACAAACAACAAAC